UGAGCACUGAGCAAGUGCAGACCAAACACGAGGAAUUUAAAUUUUGCUCUUUCCAUUACCCUAAGAAAAUGGCUCUCAGGUGGAACACUAAGACCCAAUUCUUUAUUUUGUAUGUAGCAAUGGCAUGGGUGCACCCAUCAUCAAACGGCAGUUACUCGCUAGUUCCAAAUACGGUUAUUGAAAGUGCGGUGGCAGAAGGAGCCGUUUGCCUGGAUGGAAGUCCACCGGCAUAUAAUUGGCUCGCAGGAAAGGGUCCUGGUGCAAAGAAUUGGCUGGUGUACCUUCAAGGAGCUGGAUGGUGCUUGAACAGCAGCAUUUAUCACACAAGUGAUGAUUCUGUUCAGAGUUGUGAAAGCCGUGCAACAGGUGAAGUUGGUUCUUCCCAUCACAUGCAGCCUAUGAAGUUUAAAAAUGUAUUUUCUGUUCAUGCAAAUGAUAGUUAUUUUUUUAACUGGAAUCGGGUUAUAGUAAGAUAUUGUGAUGGAGGAUCAUUUGCGGGAGAUGCAGACAAACUUGACCCCGUAACGAAGCUCUACUACAGAGGUGGCAGGAUCUUCAACGUUGUCGUCAAAGAGUUGAUGGCGAAAGGAAUGAGCGGUGCGCAAAAUGUUCUGCUUGCCGGAGGAUCAUCUGGCGGACUAGGCGUGAUGAUACACUGUGACCGCUUUCGGGGUCAGUUCUCUAAGAGUGUGCGAGUGAAAUGUCUUGCGGACGGUUCACUCUUUCUUCACAUGAAAGAUCGCAGCAGGGCAAAGUUUUUCGAAACUGUUUUCAGCACUGUAGUGGGUGUGCAUCAUCUCCAGAAGGCCCUUCCCAAACAGUGCGCUUCCAAAAUGAGUGCCACUGCGUGCUUCUUCCCCCAAAAUUUGUUGGAUUUUGUGGAAUCGCCGAUUUUCAUUCUGAAUUCGGCAUUUGAUUCUUUUCAAAUAACAAACACGUUUGGGGAAGGCUUGCACGACCAAAUCAAGAAUCACAUGGCCGUCAGCGAAGGUGAUAUGGCUUUGCUCAAAGAUUUCAGAGAGCAAAUAAUCCAUGCAUUGCCUCCAAAAAGUGCCAAAGUUGGAUAUGUGGUUACAUCCCUCUUUGCUCAUAGUGUGGCUUCGCAAAUAGGCUACAAAAAACCCAUAUUUCCUGCUGUCCCGGAAUCCAAGAGCAUUGAAAGCGCUGUGCUAGACUGGUUCUACGAUCGAGCACAUGUUCACUUGGUUGACCCCACUGAUGAACCUUUCGUAACUUAAAUUAUAUUAGGUACUUUUAUUGGUGACCGGCCGGCCAUUAUCUAUAUUGAAUUAUUAUAUAUCUAUAUAUAUGUGUGCACCUACGGCUUUCCCUAAUCUAUUAUCGAUCUAUUUAGAUAUCAUUAUCCGCGGCGUUUGGCGGAACGACCUAUUAUUGUGUACUGAAUUAUGCUACUUCAUAAUAUUUACUACGUUUUAAAUCGACUCGCGCGCAUACAGCUAGCCUGUUAGUAAUAUACCAAGUAUGUAUAUAUAGUGUUCUCGUUUUAUGGACAGAUUGUUU